GUUGGCAUUCGUCUCUCCCUACAGACGCUUCGUCUCCACCCUGAGUAUCAUAUGGGGACUCUCCCAUUCACUCUGAAUGCUAAAGAAUAACAAAGUCUUAGAUCAACAUAGUACAGCACAGACUAAACGGGUCUCGUUGCCGUGCUGCCUGUGGAGCCGGAGUUGCCAGAGACCAAGCGGGCAAGGGAGGAUGUUUUAGAAGGGCACAGGGGCCCGGCUUUAAGCUCUGCAUCAUGAACAAUGAGGAUGAGUUCUACGACGCCGUCACAGGCUUGGAUUCGGAUGAGUCGUGUGAGGGCAUGUCAGAGGCCAGCUUCAAGGACGCUGUGGCAGACGGCGCACAGAAAAACAAUGGCUCCGUUCCACAGGACAAUGGAAUCAAGAAGCGCAGAACCACUCUGCCUGCUGCAAUGUUUUCAAGAAAUAACUUCAGUGUGUGGAGCAUCCUGAAGAAAUGUAUUGGACUGGAACUGUCCAAGAUCACCAUGCCCAUCGUAUUCAACGAGCCCCUGAGUUUCCUGCAGCGAAUCACGGAGUACAUGGAGCACACAUACCUCAUCCAGAAAGCCUGUUCGCAGACUGACCCUAUAGAGCGUAUGCAGACGGUUGCUGCCUUUGCCGUGUCUGCAGUGGCCUCUCAGUGGGACAGGACAGGGAAGCCUUUCAACCCGCUGCUGGGAGAGACCUACGAACUCGCACGGGAGGAUCAGGGAUUCCGGUUGAUCUCGGAGCAGGUGAGCCACCACCCCCCCGUCAGUGCCUUCCACACGGAGAGUCUGGACGGAGACUUCACGUUCCAUGGGUCCAUCUACCCCAAGCUCAAGUUCUGGGGCAAGAGUGUGGAGGCUGAGCCCAAAGGCACCAUCACACUAGAACUUCUCAAGCACAAAGAGGCCUACACAUGGACCAACCCUUACUGCUGUGUACACAAUGUGAUACUGGGCAAACUCUGGAUCGAACAGUACGGCACUGUAGAGAUAGUCAACCACAGCACUGGAGAUAAGUGUGUGCUGAACUUCAAGCCCUGUGGUAUGUUUGGGAAAGACCUGCACAGAGUAGAAGGCUACAUCCAGGAUAAGAGUAAAAAGAAACGCUGUGUGAUCUAUGGCAAGUGGACCGAGUGCAUGUGGAGCGUGGACCCCCAGACCUUCGAGGGCAACAAGAAGUCUGACAAGAAGGGUGGUGCUGACACUAAGAAACAGAAGCAGGAACCUGGUGGCGGAGAGAAUGACGAGGCGGACGACAUGCCAGAGAUGCAGGAGUCUGUUGCGGUCAUACCUGGCAGCACUCUGCUCUGGAGGAUAUCAUCCAGACCAGCCCACUCGGCACAGAUGUACAACUUCACUAAUUUUGCGGUUACGCUGAACGAGUUGGAGCCAGGCAUGGAGGGAGUUCUGGCACCCACAGACUGCCGUCUACGUCCUGAUAUCAGAGCCAUGGAGAAUGGCAACAUGGAUGAGGCCAGCAAGGAGAAGGAGCGUCUGGAGGAGAAGCAGCGGGCAUCCCGUAAGGAGAGGGCCAGAGAACAGGAGGACUGGUCCACCAGGUGGUUCCAGUCAGGCACCAACCCAUACACAGGAUCUCAAGACUGGUUGUACACAGGCGGCUACUUCAAUAGGAAAUACACAGAUUGUCCUGACAUCUACUGAUGACGAAGUGGGCACGAUCUCGAUUUCUCCUACAACACACACAACACACACAUACACGCAUUCCAACACAUGCACCAGCCCUCCAUGAACAGUAUAUCCUCUCCAAACUGGAUCUCUCUCAUAGUUGACUCUCACCCGACCCCACCCCCCACCACCACCUCCGUUGGCCUCUUGUGUGGAACAGUCUUGGGUUCACAGGGGGCGGAGUAGACUUUUUUUAUUUAAUUUUUUUCUGAGCUGGUUGAGGCGGAAAAACAAAAUCAGGGAUUUGAAUGCUUAAUUGACUGAAGGUGACAUGACUUCAUUCCUUGUUAUUAUUUUUCGGUGAGAGGGCCUAAGUGAGUGAGAGAGUGUUCAUGGGAAACACGUAAAGUGUGUAGCUUGUUUUUUUUUGUUUUUUUUUAUAAAUCCAUAGAGACGACGCUAAAGUGUCUAUAGAACAGAAAAAGUGAGCACUUUCUUUGAGAUGGAGUGUUUUGUGUGGGUGUGCGAGUGUGCGUGCUUGGACUUACAUCUUCCCUCAUUUGUAGGACACAUGAUCCUUACCAUAACAUCGUAUCACUGUAUAGCUCACUUUCAUCUUGUCCACAGAAAAAGCAAACGUUAGCUUCCAGACAGCACUGUUCCAUAAAAGCUCUGCAUAUUUGCUUAUAUGCUCACUUUGGGUAAAUGGUUAGCCGUGUAUCAAAAAGUCUUGUGCAUAUUGUAAGACGUUCAGUUCCAACUGAGGUGCCCAAUCAUGUUUAACAUCAGUACUACAGAGGAGAAUAAUCAUGACAAGUAUUUACUGUAAGGAUUAUAGUUUGGCAGGAAACGAUUACAGAACUGUGUGUGUGCGCGUGUGUGUGUUUGUAUGUCUGUUUCUCUGUGUGGGUAUGUGUUAAAUGAUAACUUAGGCCAUAUAGUCGGUGUUAAUUUACAGGUACCAUUUUUCAGUAGCAUCAAUAUGAUCCCACUCCAAUUAGAUAAUCUAAAACAUUAAAAUUACUCUUUUUUUUUUAACUCUGAAUCAUGAACAUCAUUAAAACAAAAUAUUCAAAUAGGACAUGAAAUGUUAGUCGUAUACAUGUAAACAGUAGUGAGUGUAUCUUCGAUGUAAAUAACUUUUCACUGUAAAUCAUAGGAGCCUCAACAUUGUCAGGGAAACAGAAUUUAACUAAGUGCAUUUCCAUAACUGCUUUUCCAUUAUUUAAAUGUAAAAUGCCCUUCAUCCCCUAUGUCCAUUAGCAGUACAGUUAUAUUUAUCCUAGUUAGAGGAAUAUACUAAUUUAUUAUUCAUGAAUUAGUGCCACAUCAAAGAUAAAGGUACCUUAUAAGAGUUCUGCUGGCUGCUUCUGUUCAGCCGGUGGCAUAUACGUCUUGUCUUUACUCCAUUAUAGUGCAAUGGUCUGUAGAUUGAUCACUUCACAAAUCUAAUGUACUCUAUCUAUCUCACUUGAACCAACAAAAACACUAUGAUUAUACAUCUUUUCCUUGCUGUAAUAACAGUUAAACAAAGAUUUAAGCCAUUAGGUUUGACUAUGGCACUCAGAAUCUAUGCAACCAAUCCAUAGGUCCGAUUAACAGCACAGUACAUUUGUACAGUAAACGUGUGUAUACAGCCUACAAUGUAAAAAGAAAAUCCUGUCAAUCGGCAGCUCGGAACUGUAUACUGGACAGCAUCAACUCACACUGUAAUGGCCUCUAGUCUUUUUCCUCUGAAAUAUUCUUGACUUAAUGUAAAAUGCCUCCUUUCCUCUAUUCCAUCCUUAUUUGUAUACUGUCCCAAAUUGCACGUAUGUGCGUAGCCAGUGCUGUUUUCGUCAGGUCGAGAGGUUGCAAUGUCCAGUUAAGUUUUACCUAUAGUUCAUCUGAACUCUAGCUAUGAAGUGUGCGAAACAAUUUCACAGAUUAGCAUUAUUAAGGAGACUUUUAAGCACAGUGAUGCUAGAUUUUUCUGUAAAUGUAUUUAAGUUUUUUUUUCUCUCUCUCCUCAUUCAGUGCCUGGAUACAACUACCAAUUAAUUUACUUUCUUUGUUAAACACACAUUCAUUUCUUACCUCUCGUUAAGUCUGAAAGUGUUUGAGUAUCUGACAGGAAAUUGUCUAUUUCUGUUGGUGUCUUCUCGUGCUUUGCCCCUUGUCUUUAUAUUUUGGGUAAGAUUGAAAUACAUUACAUUGAUCUGAGCAGGAAUGUCAGCACAUUUUCAGAUACACUACUGUGUUAACACUCAUGCAGUUCAUUGUCUCAUGAAAUGAAUAUGUGGAAUUUAGCAAUACAGACUAAAUGAAUAUAAUUAAACAAUAGAUUUUAUGUUGCUUUGUGUGCAUUGAUUUUGUUAAAUAUCUUAAUGAUGGGUUUACCAAUGUCUUCACUGUAUGUGGCAGUUGACCUUGUAAAGAUGUUUUUUUUUUUUAUUAUGUUCCCAAUGUUGCACAAAGAGUGUUAGUGAACACCAUCACAUAACAUAUUCUUUUUGUGCAAUUGAUUUAUUUUUAUAGUAUUUAAUGCUUUCUUUCUGAUGAGACAAUUAAUGACUUUAUUUUAUGCUGGGGGUUUAUAAUUAGGUCAUUUAUGUUAUGAGAGUAGAGUACAGAUCAGUGGAGUAACAGUAGGUGGACGUUUACUAAAAUCUUAAUUUUACUUUUGAAAUUGAAACCUGUUAGUUUUUAAAUAAAAUCUUCGCUGGCCAACAUGAA